AUGAGGAGUUAUCGGGAAGAAGUUCUACUUUUAAUGGUCAGCCUGGCACUGACUGUCCAACAAGUCGCCUCGAAAAUUGUGAAUUCCGAAUUCGCUGAAGUCCUGCAUCGACCCAUCAGAGAUAUUAUGGCGUUUCCAGAUGAAAGCACUUUUGCGUUAUUCUUCGCAUUGGCGGUACCAUUGGAGGAUCCCUACAAAUCGGUAUCGAUAGCAGACUUCUUCGAAGCCACUUACAAUCUUCCAGUGAACGUAAGUGACCCAUGGUUCGAUGCUGAAGCAGGAAGACGAAAAAGGCGUAGCCUGAACAGAGAGACGCUUUAUCAACUCGUGGAGAACAAAUUUAUCAACUACGGAUAUCAGGGUCACGAAUGUCUGCUGAGGGCCAUUUGCGAAACUUCGGAGCAUUCCUUGAGACAUAACGGCCUCAUCGGUGAUAUUCUGCACGUGAUCUUCACACCGACAACCUCCCGACACGAGCCACUGCCGCAGGACAUUCUUCAAGCUGAAGUGGUCGGACGUAAUGGAAGCUGCUCGAACUACCAACCGCAAUGUCCCGUGGGACUCUUCGACUUGAUUGGAGUCUUUGGUUGA